AUGACCAAACGGAUAUCUGCAGAGGAGAAGCUGAAUCGAAAACCAAUCUCGCGCGCAUGCGUGUUCUGCCACGAGAAACACCUGCAGUGCGAUGUGGGGCGGCCUUGCCAGAACUGCGAGAAGAGGAAUAUCGGGGAGUCAUGCAGGGAUAAUGUCCGCAAGGUGCGCAAAACGCGAGGAAGGACACCGAGGAGCGGGGUGAUGAACUUGCGGAGGGCGCGGCGGGAGCACGAGGAUGAGCUGGCCAUUGCUACAAAGUCUAGGGGGGCAGGCGAGCCGGGCUCGACAGGUCUACCGCAGGUACCAAGUCUGAGUACGCUGUUCGACGCAAAUGUGGAUCCGGUGAUCGACGAGGAGCUGUUGCCGGCCACGUACGUUGACCCCCUGGGCCCCAGCGACGUGGAACUGCCCACGAGCGGGGCGGAGAGCUUCGGCAGCGUGUGGGCGUCGAGCGAAUACACCAAGCUGAACGAGAUCCUGGGCUCGCCUGGCAUCGAGCGGCCGCGCAAGCACGUGCCCAGCAAGUACGAGCCAUUUGCGGUGCCAGCGACGGCAGAGCACUCGCCUAGCCCAUCCACGCCAAUAGAACUGCUACAGGACCACGCGGGCCUACUUUUCCGCAACACCCUACGGAGACACAUCUCUCUGGACACAGCGCAGUCAUCCUACCAGGCCAGCACGCAGGAUACGCAGGCUUCCACGGUUGCGUCGAGUGUGUCCUGCGAGGGCGCGCAAUUUCCCGCAAGUGAAGCUGAGUAUACAAGUCCGUAUUCAUUUCGGCAGCUAGUCAGAAGUCCCGAAGACCUGUACCGACACCAAAAUAGCAUAUUUCCUCAUAAUUACCGGCAGGCGUAUCUUGAGCUUCUGAAUAUUCUUCGAGCGCGCUUUUUGAGCGCUCAGGAUGAAAUAGCGAGGGAGGAGGGCCCUAAACAGCUGCAUUCCAUUGCACAAUCAAUCAAGACGUAUUAUGCUCCAAUCUUCGUGACGCUCACUUCAAACCUAAUCGAGAGCGAUCUUAAAAUGCACGAGCUCAUACUGCAACGCACCCUGUUAGAAUACGAGAACAUGUCGAAGAUGGUUAAUUGCAUUCCGAUGUGUAUAUGGCGACGCUCGGGAGAGAUUUGUUAUGUAAGCAACGAGUUUAUCUCGCUGACUGGCUUCUCAAGGCGAGAACUGCUGAUGCGGCGAAGAUUCAUCAUGGAAUUCUUCGAUAACCACGGGAUUGUCGACUACUUCAAGCUUUUCAAUGAAUACCUCGCAUUUUCCUCUAAGGAGGGGUUUUCGUCCACCUCUGAUGGGCAAGCUGUUUUCAGCGAGUGCAAUCUUCUAAUGGCCAACAACUCUUUCUUGAAAUGUGCCUGCAUUUGGACGGUUAAACGAGAUAGCUUCAACAUUCCAAUGUUAGUAAUGGGCCAAUUUCUACCAAUAUUCGAUAUGGAUCAUACGUAG